UUGUAUUGAGAUGAAGAGAGUAUGUAAAAAGUAAACGACAAUCUUUCACCGGGACGGGAGAAAGUAAAUAUAUUUAAGUGAGGAGGGAGAGAAUUCAUAUAUGAUUGAAAGUCAGAUCGAUCGAGAAGGUGAGAAGAAGAUUAAUGAUAAAUUCAGCCAUGGAAUUAGAUGCAGAAGAUGAGAGGAAGAAGAAGAGAUCUGUUUGCGUAAGUGGAGGAGAAGGCUUCGUGGCGUCGUGGUUGAUCAUGAAGCUUCUUCAACGUGGCUACUCUGUCAACGCCACUCUUCGAGACACAAAUAUCGACACCAGAUUUCUAACAAAUUUACCACACGCUGGAGAAAAUCUUCGAAUCUUCGCCGCCGAUCUCGGCGAUCCGCAGAGCUUCAAGCCGGCGAUCGAAGGCUGCGUCGGGGUGUUCCACGUGGCGCAUCCGAUGGAUUUAGUCGGGACUGAAUCUGUGGAAAUGAUCACGGAAAGAUCGAUUCGAGCAAUACACGGGAUUUUGCAGUUGUGCAUCGACUCCGGGACCGUUAAGCGGGUGGUGUACACCUCCAGCAUUUCGGCAGUUUUCGCGAGAGAUCGCGGAGCUGCGGCGGAGCUGAACGAGGAGGCGUGGAGCGACGUGGAAUUUAUGAAACAACUCGACUUUGUGGGCGCCGGCUACUACAUUUCAAAAACGGUGGCAGAAAUGGCUGCUAUUGAGUACGCGGAGAAACGCGGAUUAGAUCUCGUAACGGUGAUUCCGUCGUGGAUAAACGGACCGUUUAUUUGUCCGCAUCUCCCGUCCUCGAUUCACUCGUCUCUCGGACUCAUCAUUGGCAACGAGAACCAGAUGAAGUAUGCGAAGAUCACCCCUAUGGUGCAUACGGAUGAUAACGCCGAGGCACACAUAUAUUUGUUCGAGCAUCCGGAUGCCAAAGGAAGAUACAUUUGCUCGGCUGUGGAAGUCACGGUCGAGGAGAUGGUUGAUCAUCUUAGAUCGAGGCAUCCUCACCUUAAGUUGCUCGAUCCCGAAGGUUUAAUUAAUCCGGCGGCAAACUUUGGAGGGCUUUCGAGCAAGAAGCUAUUGGAGCUUGGUUUCAAGUAUAGAUAUGGGGUUGCAGAAAUGUUCGAUGAUGCUAUUCAAUGUUGCAAGCAAAAUGGAUGGCUGUGAAUUCAAAUGUUCAACAACAUAAUAAUAAUAAUUGGUCGUGUUUAAUCGACAUGAAUUACUAGGAUGCGAUCGAUGUUUGAGUGAUUGAUUUCUUUAUCAAUUUGUAUUAGAACAAAAAUAAUAAAGUUUCAUUUAGUGAUAAAAAUGUGAGCAUUAAAUGAAGAAAUAAGGCUGUUUUCAUCUUAGUCGGGGAAUCAAAUUCUCUAUUUCUAUA